UUUACCGGGAACACGCCGCGCGCCAGCGAGAAAGCUGAGAGGUCGGGAUCGUGUAGAUAAAGGGUAAUAUUUUGAAAAUGGUGCUGCAAAACAGUGGAAAAUACAGAAAUGAACAACAACAAAAUGAUUUAACAUCUGGGAGGGAAGAGUCUGCAGAGAAACGUCUUACACGAGCUCGAGUCAACGAUGAAGUGGAUUUGAAAUUUGGAUAUGAGCGAUACAAAGAUCCACAGGAGAAAGUGGGAUGGCUAAUCAAUAUGCACCCUGCAGACAUAAUGGAUGAAGACAAGAGGCUAGUCAGUGCAGUGGACUACUACUUUAUCCAAGAUGAUGGAGGAAGAUUUAAGGCAACACUUCAGUACAGACCAUAUUUCUACGUUUUGACAAAAAAGAGUUGUGAACGGGAGGUGGCAUCGUUUCUUACUAAGAAAUUUUCUGGGAAGAUUGCAAGUGUGGAAACUGUCAGUAAAGAAGAUUUAGACCUGGCAAAUCAUCUUGUUGGUUUAAAGCGACAGUAUUUGAAGUUGUCUUUCCUAUCUGUUGAAGAUUUGAUGAAAGUAAAGCGAGAGAUUCAUCCAGCUGUGCGGAAAAACAAAGAAAGAGACAAAUCAAAUGAAAUAUAUACAAGUUACAUGGAUGAUGAAGAUGCAGUAUCCAGGAAAAUUGUUGAUCAGAUGGACAACAUCAUAGAUAUCAGGGAACAUGAUGUGCCAUAUCAUGUGCGCGUUUCGAUUGAUCGUAGUUUGAAUGUUGGUCAUUGGUACUCUAUUAGAGGAAGAGGAAGCAUGGCCCCAGAGAUUAGCAGGAGGGAGGAUCUUGUACACCGACCAGACCCGAUAGUGCUUGCCUUUGAUAUAGAGACCACUAAACUACCACUGAAAUUCCCAGACUCCUCCAUCGACCAGAUUAUCAUGAUAUCAUAUAUGAUAGAUGGACAGGGAUACUUGAUCACAAACAGAGAAAUUAUAUCACAGGAUAUAGAGGACUUCGAAUAUACUCCAAGACCAGAAUUCCCAGGCCCAUUUGUGAUCUUCAAUGAAUCUGAUGAGUUUAACCUGUUGAAACGUUUCUUUGACCACAUCUUGGAAGUAAAACCACAUAUUUUUGCUACAUACAAUGGAGACAUGUUUGAUUGGCCAUUUGUAGAAGCACGUGCAGCAUUCCAUGGAUUGGACAUGUCACUUGAGAUAGGUUUUCAAAAAGAUAGUCAAGGAGAAUACAAGUCACGACCAGCUACACACAUGGAUUGUUUCAGAUGGGUAAAGAGAGAUAGUUACCUCCCAGUAGGAAGUCAGGGACUGAAAGCAGUUGCCAAGGCAAAGUUGAGGUACGAUCCUACAGAACUUGAUCCCGAGGAUAUGUGCCGCAUGGCUACAGAAGAACCACAGGUUUUGUCAAAUUACUCUGUAUCUGAUGCUGUUGCAACGUUCUAUUUGUACCAGGAGUAUGUUCACCCCUUUAUCUUUGCUCUCUGCACUAUCAUCCCAAUGGAACCAGAUGAGGUUUUGAGAAAAGGCUCAGGUACCUUGUGUGAAGCACUGCUGAUGGUGCAGGCCUACCAUGCAAAUAUUGUGUUUCCAAACAAGCAGGAGUCCAUUCUGAACAAACUGACAGAAGAUGGCCAUAUGCUGGAUUCUGAGACUUAUGUUGGUGGUCAUGUGGAAGCUUUAGAAUCCGGAGUGUUCAGAGCAGAUAUUCCAUGCAGAUUUAGGAUGGUUCCAGAAGCAUUUCAAAACCUGAUUGAUAAGGUUGAAGGGACGAUGAAGUUCUCCAUAGAGGUGGAAGAGAAAAUACCCAUGGAUCAAGUUUCAAAUUUUAAUGAAGUAUGUACAGAUAUAAUAGAGAGAUUGUCUAUGUUAAGAGAUUGCCCAAAUCGUCUGGAGAACCCAAUUAUAUAUCACUUAGAUGUGGGAGCUAUGUACCCAAAUAUAAUUCUAACAAAUAGAUUGCAGCCACCGGCAAUUGUUGAUGAAGCCACUUGUGCAGCUUGUGAUUUCAACAAACCUGGUGCAACCUGCCAACGUAAAAUGCCAUGGAUGUGGAGAGGAGAAAUUAUGCCGGCAAGUAGAAGCGAGUAUCAUCGUAUACAACAACAGCUAGAGAAUGAAAAGUUCCCACCAAGAGAGCCUGGAGGAAAACCUAGGGCACUUCAUGAGCUCUCAAAACAAGAACAAGCAGAAAUAGAAAAGAAACGAUUGGCAGAAUACUGUCGUAAAGCGUACAAGAAAACUAAAGCAACGAAAAUGGAGGAGAGAACAGCUACCAUCUGCCAGAGAGAAAAUUCAUUUUAUGUUGAUACAGUAAGAGCUUUCAGAGACAGAAGAUACGAAUUCAAAGGUCUUACAAAGGUAUGGAAGAAAAAGUUGUCCGAAGCGCAAGAUUCUGGUGACGCAUCUGAGAUCAAGAAGGCAAAUGGUAUGGUAGUGUUGUAUGAUUCCCUACAGCUGGCACAUAAAUGUAUCCUCAAUUCCUUCUAUGGAUAUGUAAUGAGGAAAGGAGCACGAUGGUACAGUAUGGAGAUGGCAGGAAUUGUGUGUUAUACUGGAGCAAAUAUCAUCACAAAAGCUAGAGAAAUUGUUGAACAAAUUGGUCGACCUUUGGAAUUGGACACAGAUGGAAUUUGGUGUGUGUUACCAGCCACGUUCCCAGAAAAUUAUGUUGUGAAAACUACAAACCCAAAAAAGCCCAAGGUCACCAUUUCUUAUCCAGGAGCCAUGCUUAAUGUUAUGGUCAAGGAUUUCUUCACUAACGACCAAUACCAAGAGCUUGUAGACCCAGCAACUAUGGAGUAUAAAGUGCGAAGUGAGAACUCUAUCUUCUUUGAAGUAGAUGGACCCUACCUGGCUAUGAUUCUGCCAGCAUCAAAGGAGGAAGGAAAGAAGUUAAAGAAAAGAUACGCUGUUUUCAAUUUUGAUGGCUCUCUGGCUGAGCUUAAAGGAUUUGAGGUGAAAAGACGUGGAGAGUUGGAGUUGAUAAAGAUCUUUCAGUCAUCUGUAUUUGAAGCUUUUCUGAAGGGAAAAACACUUGAUGAAUGCUAUGCUGCUGUUGCAAAAGUGGCAGAUUAUUGGUUGGAUGUACUUUAUAGUAAGGCACAGAAUAUGCCAGAUUCCGAGUUGUUUGAACUUAUUGCUGAGAAGAGGAGCAUGUCUCGUAAACUUGAAGAUUAUGGUUCUCAAAAAUCUACAUCAAUAAGUACAGCUAAAAGACUCGCAGAGUUUUUAGGUGAUCAGAUGGUCAAGGAUGCAGGACUCAGUUGUAAAUUUGUCAUCUCAAAGAAACCAGAUGGAGCACCUGUAACUGAAAGGGCUGUUCCUUUGACUAUAUUUGAAGCUGAGCCUGGAGUAAAGAAACAUUACUUGCGUAAAUGGCUGAAAGCACCAGGAACAACCAGUUUUGAUAUAAGAGAGAUCAUUGACUGGGAGUACUACAUUGAAAGACUAGGAGGUUGUGUGAUGAAAAUUAUCACCAUCCCUGCUGCUCUACAAAAUGUGUCUAACCCUGUUCCUCGUAUAGCUCACCCGGAUUGGCUUCAGAAGAAGUUACUGGAACGUAAUGAUGUUUUCAAACAGAAAAAGAUCAGUGAGAUAUUUGCUGCAGCUCCAAAACCAGUACAGCAGGAGGAGGACAAUGUGUUCAAAAAACCAAACAGCGUUGUUGAUAUUGAAGACAUAGGGUCAAGUUCCACUUCUGGAACAAAAGUGGCAGUGUCGAAUAAACGUAAAAGAUUGAGUAACGACAACUCACAGAGUCAAGAUGACUCUCAGACUGACAGCAGUCAGUCGUGGAGAGAUGUUCUAGGACCACCACCACCUAUGGGAGUAACUAAAGAUGAAAGAAAAGUUUGGCUGGAAUAUCACAAGAAGAAAUGGAAGUUGCAGGCUGAAGAGAGGCGGGAAAGGAAGAGACGACGUAUAGACUUUGGUGAAACAUCCUCUCACGCCCCAGUGACCUCUAGCAGUAGAGGUAUUGGAGGCUUCUUACGGAGAACUGCUCGUAGUGUUAUGGAUAUGCCAUGGCAAAUAGUGCAGUUGAUAGAGACUGGACAUCCUGGUCAGUUCAAGCUCUGGGCUCUUAUUGGCAGUGAUCUUCAUGCUAUGAAAUUAAACAUUCCGAGGAUGUUCUAUGUGAAUCAGAAGUCACCAAAAGUUGGAGAAGGACAAAUGUGGAAAAAGGUGAUAAAGACAUUACCAAGAUCCCAUCCAGUGAUGAACCUAUACGAGUACUCUGUUCCGGAAGAUGUGUACCUGGAACACAUUAACGAGAUCAGUGCUGACCUGUCGUCUCCGGAUAUUGAGGGAGUGUAUGAGACCCAAGUUCCAUUGUUAUUCCGAGCACUUGUUAAAUUGGGCUGUGUGACAAUGGUGAAUCGUGAUUUUGCUAAAUACAUGUCUGGAAGGGAGAUAGACACGUUUGAGUUGGAGCAUCUGGAAUUCAGGACAUUAGCCCAGUUCUCCUACCUGGAGCCUUCAUCAAUAAAGCAUCUGUAUCUGUACCAUCAUGCCUGUGGAUCGAAGAUGCUCUAUGGCUUGUUUUUACCAAUGUCGAAGAAGGGUACUAUAUUUGUUGUUGAUACUGUGAGAAGUGAUCAGAUGCCAAACCUUAAUGCCAUGUUUAAUGCAGAGAGAAACGCAAAAGUUUCUAAAGGUGUAGAUGAGACAAUGCUGCCAGAAGGUGGCCAUAAACUGGAGUACAAGUUGGAGAAGAAUGUAAGCCAGGUGUACAGAACCAUACAGAGGAUCUUGUCUGCCUAUAAAGAUGAAAAGAAAGGACCAACAUAUAUAGCAGUUCAGUCAUCUCUAGAUUUUUCACACCUGAUUGCAGACAUGCCGGGUUUGGGAGAUUUUCCUCUUGUGCCCAUUCACAUCACUGACAGUGAGAACCUGUACAAUGUAUUAGACUGGCAGAGAGUUGGUUGUCGCAGAAUGCUGCAGCAUUACAUGAAUGUUGAUGUCAUAUUACAGGCAAUGAUAGAGCAGUGUCGGUACCUACACAUCCCUGUAGGGAACUUUCCAAAGGAUGUUACCAUGUUUGGUUGUGAUGUUUUCUUUGCUCGGCAUCUAAACAAACACAACCACAUACUGUGGUCCUCCUCAACAGAAAGGCCAGAUCUCGGUGGCAAGGAGGCUGAUGAUAACCGUAUCGGUAUAGAGGUUGAAAAUCUGACCACAGAAAUAAAUAACCCAGCUGCUUAUUCCACUGUGUGUGUAGAAUUAGAUAUUGCAAGCUUGGCUGUGAACACAAUUAUAGAGUCUUCCCAUGUGAAUGAACAGGAAGGGGCUAGUGCUGUCAGUUUCGACACAAUGCCUCAGUCAUCACUUGAAGAGAUGGUACAAGGACAGGGAGCUGCUACGAUGAUGACAAGUUAUGAUGAAACAGCUCUUUGUUCUGCUGCUUUCAGGAUAUUGAAAAGUAUGGUACAGAGCUGGGUACGAGAUGUUACUGUCCACUCCAAUGUCUUUGCUGACAAUCAGAUUAUACACUUCUAUAGGUGGUUGAGAAGUCCCUCUGCCAUGCUGUAUGAUCCUGCAUUGAGAAGGACAUUGCACAAUAUGAUGAAGAAGGUUUUCAUGCAGUUAAUGGGGGAAUUCAAGAGACUUGGUUCAAAUAUUGUGUAUGCAAAUUUCAAUCGUGUAAUUCUGUGUACAAAGAAGAGACGUCUCCUGGAUGCCUUAGCAUAUGUAGAAUAUAUUACAAAUAGUAUCAAGACGAAGGAAUUAUUUCACCUGAUUGAAAUGUCAUACGAGCAGUGCUGGGAAUAUCUAAUGUGGUUAGAUCCAGCAAACUAUGGUGGUAUAAAAGGUAAACUGCCAUCGGAAGCAGAGGUAGAACAAACAGCUCCAGAGAUGGAGGAGGAUAAAACAGCAGACAGUGAUGAGGAGGAACAUGUUGUAGAGAACGAGGAAUUAAACAAGUCUGACAGUGAUGAUGAGCCUGAAAUAGAGAUGAACUGGAAUAUCAUGCAGUUUCUUCCAGAGGCAGGGGCGUGUCAAACAAAUUUUAAUAUGAUUGUAGCUGGCUACAUUUUGUCGGUGUAUAGCAACUUUCAAGAGGAACAACAACGAUUAACUCCAGGCAACACGCCAGUCCGUCGUCGUAACAACAGCAGUCAGACACAGGCAUUACUUGAUGCAUCAACAACACCAUCAGCUGUCAGCUUUGCUCAGAAUCUUAUACAGGGUGAUCUCGCUCAACAGAUGUUUUCGUUAACACAAAAGAUACACAAGAAAUUGAGUGGUAACCGUAGCAACAACAACAUGUCGGAGGAGUUCCCAAGACCUCCAGGGUCCCACCUGCCCUUGAAUGAUCCAGCCUUGGAGUUUGUUAAAUACAUAUGCAAGGUACUGUCGUUGGACAGUAAUAUUACUAUACAGGUUGCCAAAUUGCAGCGAGAUCUGCUCAAGUUGAUUGGUAUAGGGGAAUUCUCACCAGAUGCCCAGUUCAAAGACCCAUGCCUGUCCUAUGUACUGUCAGAAGUCAUAUGUAAAACAUGCAACCAUAUCCGCGACCUUGACCUCUGCAGAGAUCCAUAUCUGAGUCAGUCAGGAGGAAGUGCUGUAUGGUCGUGUAUACAGUGUAAGACAGAGUAUGACCUAGCUGAGAUAGAACAGAGCUUGAUUGAUUCUGUACACAGAAAAUCAAUGGGAAAUGUACUGCAGGACCUUGAGUGUGUCAAGUGUCAUCAGAUUAAGGACAGCAACAUGAGAACGUACUGUACCUGUGCUGGUGAAUACAGAAAUACAGUGACAGUUGAUGACCUUGGUAAACAGCUGAGGACUUUUAAAGGAAUUGCCAGUCAUAACAAUAUGGUGUUAUUACAAGAAACAGUAGAAUGGAUUUUAAAGCUUAACCCACAGAUACCUACUUGAAAAUUGGAAAUGUUUUUCCAUGGCACUGGUAAUACGUCAACAUGAUUAUGGAAGCUCUGAACAUUUAUAUUGUGAUUUCAAGGGAAUGCAUUUUGAUAUUUGUACAUUGUGACAAUUAUUUGUGUAAACUGGGCAUUUUUUUUUCUGUUUAAUCAGUUUACCUCUGAUAUUUCAUUAUAAACUGUGUAUUUAUUUCAUGUUUAAAUUUAUUUUUGAAUGUAAUAUAAUGUUACAAAUUAGGUGUUUUCAUGUUGGAUUUGUUAUUUGAAUGUGAUCUGUCAUAUUAUUGGCUUCACUUAAUGGAAUUGUCCAAGCUAGAAAGCCAGUAUGAAUUCACCUUAUUGAUUACCUUAUGAAUUAACUAUAUAAUAUUUAUUACUUUAAUGAGAAACACUAAAAGGGAAAGAUGUCAUUUUUAGCUUUGUUCAUAGCGAGCAAUUAGUAUAGGUGUGUGGUUCAGUGUCCAUCCUCUUGCAUAUCAUUUUUUGCCCCGCAAAAUCUUUGCUUGUCCCCUUUUUGGGCCUUUCAGAGCGUAAAUUGAAAAACCUUCCAUGAAAAAUUUGAUAGAUCUUUACCAAAAUUGUUCUAUAGUCAAAUGUUUCUGCCUGGCUUCUUUCAGGGGCCUUUUUUGCUCUCAGUACAUAUUCACCAAGACAUUACAAAUACUUGCUCUUUGCUCGCGAUAAAUAUUUGCCAAGGCAAUUUAGAUACAUCCUUCCAAAAUAAAUUACUCAUUCAUAUUUUCAAAGAUCAGUAAAAGUAAUGGCAUUGUUACACUUCUGUUUCCCAUUAAUAUAAGAAAAAUGCCAGUGGAAAAGGAAAUCGUGUAUUAAGUCUCCUAAACGUCCUUGUUCUCAUUGUCAAAGUAGAACAAGAUACAAAAGAUUUUAUUCACAUAACAUAUUCAUGUAAAGUUUGAAAUUGGUUGAAAGAAAAUUUUAAGAUAGUUUGCUGACCCAGAAGUUGUAUCACUUUCAGUUGAACCAAUUAAAGGAAUCUGAUACUGGCUGUGAAAAGCCUGUUUUGGUCGACUUUAUUGUCGUAUUACUUUGGCAAUUAGUGUACUGUUUGAGCAAAUGCUGUACAGUUAAUUAAUAAUGUUGUGCAUUAUAUGAUGUUUUAUAUGUUAACCAGUAACUGAUUAUACUGAAUGAUAUAUUGAUGAAUUUACAUGUACAUGUAUAUAUAUACCUUCCUGUUGGUAAAGAUGUUAAAAAUAGAUAACUGUGAUAUCAGUCAAUAAAAUGUAUAUAUUAAACUGUUG